AUAUACAGUCUAGUUAAGCAAAUUUGGGCCGACUAAAAUGGGCCUAUAGGCCUUUACGCUCGUACGAUUUCUAUCAUAAUCUCUACAAUCACAACAAUGGAUCUCGCAACACCGGAGCGACACACCUAAACCACAAAAAGAAGAAAGCUUCAUAUUUCCAAAGAUCAGAAUUAGGGUACAUCAAGAUGGGGUUUUUGGUCACAACUUUAAUUUUUGUGGUGAUCGGAAUAAUUGCGUCGCUUUGUACCAGAAUCUGUUGCAAUAGAGGCCCCUCCGCAAAUUUAUUCCAUUUGACAUUGGUUAUAACAGCAGUAGUAUGCUGUUGGAUGAUGUGGGCUAUUGUGUAUCUUGCACAGAUGAAACCACUCAUCGUGCCUAUCCUAAGCGAAGGAGAGUAAAGAUGUUAUUGCAAAAGCAUGAGUGGUAAACCAGCAAUGUGGCUUGUGCAUGGGUCAGCAUGAUUUAGGACCCGUGGAUCAUUCAGUAUCUCCUCAUUUUGGGUCUGUGUGUAAUAUUUAUCCCUAUGUAACUCUGAAUUGAUUUGUCGUUGGUGGUUCGGUUUUUACCGCUUUUUCUUGACCUCUCAUUCAAUUUAAAUACAUUGAGCAGUCAUUCUAUCACUCGUUGAGUGCACAAAUAUGUAAAAUCUGGAUGAAAUAAUCGUUGGAAAUGAGUAAAUUUGAUUUUAGUUUAUACAGCUAA